AUGCUUUUUGAUGUAACGAAUAUACUUCAUAAUACUCAGUACCUUGUGGAUUUUUAUCUUGGCCUUUGUUCAUGUCCUCGUGGAGAUACAGGGUUUCCAUGUAAACACCAAAUGUUCAUAGCUCAGAAAUUAAAUAUAGAUUUGAGCAUUUGUUUACCUAUGACAGAGGACAUGAAAAAAAAAUUACACAUAUUAGCAUCUGGAUGUUCUGACAUAGAUAGUGGAUGGUAUGGUUUGGCUACAGACAUGAAUUAUGUGGAAUUUAAUGAAGAUAAUAAUAAAGAUUCAGAUCAAAAUAGCAUACAAACAAAUAAACAAGGUAAACAAAUAAAUGAGAAUAUGGACCCUGAGAUUAAUAAUGAAAAUAUAGAUCAAACUUAUGACGAAGUAAUGGAUAGUUUCAAUAAAACCGUAGAAAACAUGAAGAAAAAAUUUGACUUGGAUAAGACAUAA